AUGUGGGAUAAACGCACAUGUGGGGAAAACGCACAUGUGGGGAAAACGCACAUGUGGGGAAAACGCACAUGUGGGGAAAACGCACAUGUGGGGAAAACGCACAUGUGGGGAAAACGCACAUGUGGGGAAAACGCACAUGUGGGGAAAACGCACAUGUGGGGAAAACGCACAUGUGGGGAAAAGGCACAUGUGGGGGAAACGCACAUGUGGGGGAAACGCACAUGUGGGGGAAACGCACAUGUGGGGGAAACGCACAUGUGGGGGAAACGCACAUGUGGGGGAAACGCACAUGUGGGGGAAACGCACAUGUGGGGGAAACGCACAUGUGGGGGAAACGCACAUGGGGGGAAACGCACAUGCGGGAAAACGCACAUGUGGGGAAAACGCAAAUGUGGGGAAAACGCAAAUGUGGGGAAAACGCAAAUGUGGGGAAAACGCAAAUGUGGGGAAAACGCAAAUGUGGGAAAAACGCAAAUGUGGGAGAAACGCAAAUGUGGGAGAAACGCAAAUGUGGGAAAAACGCAAAUGUGGGAAAAACGCAAAUGUGGGAAAAACGCAUAUGUGGGAAAAACGCAAAUGUGGGAAAAACGCAAAUGUGGGAAAAACGCAAAUGUGGGAAAAACGCAAAUGUGGGAAAAACGCAAAUGUGGGAAAAACGCAAAUGUGGGAAAAACGCAAAUGUGGGAAAAACGCAAAUGUGGGAAAAACGCAAAUGUGGGAAAAACGCAAAUGAGGGAAAAACGCAAAUGUGGGAAAAACGCAAAUGUGGGAAAAACGCAAAUGUGGGAAAAACGCAAAUGUGGGAAAAACGCAAAUGUGGGAAAAACGCAAAUGUGGGAAAAACGCAAAUGUGGGAAAAACGCAAAUGUGGGAAAAACGCAAAUGUGGGAAAAACGCAAAUGUGGAAGGAACGCAAAUAUGGAAGGAACGCAAAUAUGGAAGGAACGCAAAUAUGGGAGAAACUCAAAAAUUGGAAAAUCAGAAAAUCGAUGGGUUCAUGAGUAA